CACACAAUACACCCGGAGAUAUAUGCGCAUAUACAUAUAUAGAUUUAGAGAGAGAAGUGUAGAGUGAGAAAGAGAGUGGAGUUCGGAUGUACUGAAAUGGGCGCUGCAGGCUCGAAACUCGAGAAAGCUCUGGGAGAUCAGUUCCCCGAAGGCGAGCGGUACUUUGGAUUCGAGAAUUUUGGCAACACUUGUUACUGUAAUAGCGUCUUGCAGGCUCUUUAUUUCUGUGUGCCAUUUCGUGAGCAGUUAAUAGAAUAUUACUCGAAUAACAAAAAUCUUGCUGAUGCAGAAGAAAGUCUGUUGACGUGCCUGGCAGACCUAUUUAUGCAGAUAAGUUCACAAAAGAAGAAGACAGGUGUUAUCAGUCCAAAGCGCUUUGUUCAGAGACUGAAGAAGCAAAAUGAGAUUUUCCGCAGCUAUAUGCACCAGGAUGCACACGAGUUUUUGAACUAUUUGCUAAAUGAACUCGUUGACAUACUGGAGAAAGAGUCCCAUGCUGCAAAGAGUGAUCCAGAAACUUCAUCACCAUCUGGAAAGAUUGCAAAUGGACCAAAGAGUGCUCAUGCAAAUGGUGCUCAAAAAGAGCCGCUGGACACCUGGGUGCACAAAAAUUUUCAGGGUAUACUCACAAAUGAAACGAGAUGCUUACGGUGUGAAAUUGUAACUGCAAGGGAUGAAACAUUUCUGGACUUGAGCCUUGAUAUUGAGCAGAACAGCUCAAUUACUAGCUGUCUGAAAAAUUUUAGUGCUACUGAGACUUUGAAUGCAGAGGACAAAUUCUUUUGUGACAAGUGCUGCAGCUUGCAGGAGGCCCAGAAGAGAAUGAAGAUAAAAAGGCCACCUCACAUUCUUGUCAUCCAUCUAAAGCGAUUCAAGUACAUUGAGCAGCUGAGCCGGCACAAGAAGCUAUCUUAUCGCGUUGUUUUCCCAUUGGAGUUGAAGUUGAACAAUACGGUGGAGGAUGCAGAUGCUGAGUAUUCCUUAUUUGCUGUAGUUGUUCAUGUGGGUAGCGGGCCCAACCACGGACACUAUGUCAGCCUUGUAAAAAGCCAUAACCAUUGGUUAUUCUUUGAUGACGAGAAUAUGGAGAUGAUUGAUGAGUCUGCCGUGCAGACUUUCUUUGGGUCGGCCCAGGAGUUUUCUAGUAACACUGAUCAUGGGUAUAUAUUGUUCUAUGAGAGACUGGCUGCUGGCCGCACAAGCUGAGUAAGAGGAAUUAACUUUUCAGUUUCGAAAGUCUGUAGUUUCCAAUUUUGAUUAGAUUUUCCUUCUUUUAGCUUACCAUUGUGCUUUUACUUGCCCCCUCUUUUAAUUUCUGGGAAGAUUUUGAUGUAUUUUGAGGUGAGUUAUAGUGUGAAAAAGUGUUGCACUUAGGUGGUUGCAAUGCACUGGAUAGUGGAAGCUCACUAUUCUUUGUUAAUCCAAAAGUGUACAUGGGUGGUGUGGUGAGGACAUUGUGGACAUAUUUUAGUGGCUCAUGUCGCUUCAACUGUUGAA